UCAGAGAGGGUUCUUCGAGAAGCUGAGCAGCUAACCGGUCUCGAAUUGAUCGAAUAUGUUAACAAGGCUCAGAACUUGUUUACGGCCAAGCUGUCUCCCCGUUUCGCGCAGUAUCCUGAUGACAUCAAGAAACGUCUCAUGGGAUCGAAGCACGUCGCUGUGCCUGAGGAAUUCAGAGUGAACGAAAAGACCCAUGACGAUAUCGAAGAUGCUUCCAUCCCCGAUUCGUUCGAUGCCCGAAAACAGUGGCCUCAGUGCCCGUCAAUCCUCUCGAUUCGCGACCAAUCGACAUGCGGUAAGUGC